CCGAUUUUACAGCAACAUGAAACGAGUAGCGUUUAUUAUCAUCCCUGCCCUCAUUGCGCUCGGACACUCGAUCCGGCCGCCCAUUAUCGAGGGCACGGAAGCCAAUCUGCACGAGUUCCCGUACCAGGUGUCUUUGCAGUGGAACUUUAACAAUGGAUCGCGUGCCCGGCACUUCUGCUCGGGUUCGAUCAUUAAUCGACGGUGGAUUCUAACGGCGGCACACUGUCUGGAGGAAUACACCGAUGACGGGUGGUUCGAAGUCGUCGCCGGAGUGAACAACAUUGCGCACGAAGAGCCGGGAGCACAGCGACGAAAUGUUACCAGCUAUGAGCAACACGAGUUGUACGAUUUGUCGGCAAUUAAGUAUGAUAUUGGAGUGCUCCAACUUUCACAUCCGCUGGAUCUAACCCGGAACAUCAAAACGAUGAGAUUGGCCACGAAAGACACGCUGAUCCAUCAGAAGAUAGCAAAGUUUGCCGGUUGGGGAUCAAUCUCAAAGACGUGGGAAGACAUUUACCCCGACAAGCUAAUGAAAGUAAAUCUGAUUCUACGCACGGAAGAGGAUUGUCAGACGAUAGGGAAGAUCGACGAGACCCAGCUAUGUGCCGGAGGAUACAAGAACGUUAGCGGCUGUACUGCAGACUCGGGCGGACCACUGACUGUGACCGUUGACGGUGAGCAGAUGCAGAUUGGCGUCCUUUCCUAUGGCGAGAAGCCGUGCCAGGCCCGAUUGCCGGUUGUGUAUUCGAGCGUUAUGUACUUCCACGAUUGGAUCCAAGACGCGAUCAAGGAAGACUAAGCACCACUCUUGCACUGACCCUUAAAAAACAUAAUAAACAAACUCCCCCCAAACAUGAA